AUGGCUCCUGGUCUCCUCAAGGACGAGCUUCGAGCGGAGCAUGCCGACGACGUGCUGGAAACUGUUGCUGAGUAUGCGAAACAGGUCCCCAAGGCAGAUGAGACAGGCUACGUGAUCCCCGACACAUAUCUUGGAGCCCGGCGGCCCAUCAAAGUCCUGGUGAUCGGGUUUGGUGCAGCAGCCAUCAACAUUGUCCAUGCAAUCGGUCAACGCAAAGACAACAACGUGGUCAUUCAAUGCUACGAAAAAAAUGACGAGGUCGGGGGCACGUGGUAUGAGAACAAGUAUCCCGGCUGUGCGUGUGAUAUUCCAGCCGUGAACUAUAUGUUCUCGUGGCACUCCAAGCCUGACUGGACUAGUUAUUACGCCACGUCCCAAGAGAUCUUGGGAUACUUCAAAGACAUAGUGGAGAAGCAUGGCAUGCAACAGUAUGUCAAACUGAGACACGCUGUCUCCGGUGCCUGGUGGAACGGGGAGACUGGCAAAUGGAGAAUCAAAAUCGUUCCUGAUGGCAACCAAGAUGCGGCUUUUUAUGACGAGGGCGAGGUUCUCAUCAAUGCCACCGGUGUUCUCAACAACUGGAAAUGGCCUGCUGUUCCUGGAGUGGAGAAGUUCCAAAACAAAGUGCACAGUGCCGCGUGGGACGACAGCGUGGAUCUGGAUGAUAAGGUGGUCGGUAUCAUUGGCAAUGGCUCCAGCGCUGUCCAAAUCAUUCCCGCCAUCUUUCCUCGGAUCAAAAAGAUAAUAUCUUACCAACGGUCGUCGACUUGGAUCACCGCCGGCUUUGCGCAAAAGUACGCUGGCGAGAAUGGGGCCAACUUCAACUACACCGAAGACCAAAAGAAAGAGUUUGCCGCAGAUCCAGCAAAGUAUCUGGAAUAUCGCAAAUUGGUCGAGGAAGAGCUCAACCAAAGAUUCAAGUUUAUCAUCAAUGGCUCGGCAGAGCAGGCAGAAGCACUGGCGUAUGCCCGGCUUGAAAUGGGACGGAAACUACAAGGACGCGAAGACCUGAUCUCGAAGAUGGUCCCAACCAAUUACGCAGUGGGCUGUAGGCGUCCCACGCCGGGCAAUGGCUAUCUAGAAUGCCUGACCAACCAAGAGAAAUGUGAAGUCACAUUCGCUCCUAUCAAGGAGAUCACGGAAGAAGGGAUCGUGACCACCGACGGCGUCCUACGCAAGGUUGACGUGCUCGUUUGUGCCACGGGCUUCGACGUCUCCUUCAGGCCUCGAUAUCCCAUUGUCGGCCAAGGUAGCAUCGACUUGAGGGACGCCUGGAAAGAACAGCCCUACACCUAUCUCAGCGCUACUGUGCCAGACUUUCCCAACUACUUUAUGAUCAAUGGCCCAUUCGGUCCCUAUGGGCACGGCUCUAUCUUGCCCGUCAUCGAGAUCAUUACACGGUACCUGGAGAGAUUUGUGGAAAAAUUGCAGACGGAGAAUGUCAAGUCUUUCGCCCCUAAGAUGGACGCGGUGGAAGACUUCCGCCGACACCGAGAGCUCUUUCUCAAACGCACAGCAUGGAGCUCGCCUUGCCGGUCCUGGUUCAAGGGUGGCAAGGUCGAUGGGCCGAUCAUGAUGUGGCCAGGGAGUCGACUUCACUUUUUCGAAGCAAUGGCAAAACCACGUUAUGAGGACUACAACUGGGAAUACAGAGACACCAACCGAUUUUCGUACUUUGGCAACGGCUUCUCGCAGAGGGAGGUGGACGGCAGCGACAUUUCUUGGUACAUCAACGGAGUGUAG